UGUUUGGCUUCAGGAGCGAGAAUGCCAGCCGGCCUCACCGUCCCCGGUGUAUAUGUAUGGCCGUUACUUUCUCUCCCGAUUAUAUUGCUCGCCGCUCCUGACUCCGUUGGUCGUCGGAGUUCUCUCUUGAGCUGCCACCUACCCUCUCCUGGGUCACCAUCAGCUCGCCAUCGCCAUGGAGGACCAGAGCCCCAAGCCUAUCCGUUGCAAAGCGGCGGUCUGCAGAGGCGCCGGCGAGCCGCUCGCCAUCGAGGAGAUCGUCGUCGAUCCGCCGAAAGCGUACGAGGUCCGCGUCAAGAUCAUCUGCACCUCGCUCUGCCACACCGACAUCAGCUUCUGGCAAGGCAAGGUGUCACCAGUGUUCCCGAGAAUCUUAGGCCACGAGGCCUACGGGGUGGUGGAGAGCGUCGGUGAGCACGUGAAGGGCUUCGCCGCCGGCGACGCGGUGCUGCCGACGAUCGUGGGCCAGUGCGAUCACUGCAGCAGCUGCUUGUCCGAGGACAGCAACCGCUGCGAAGCCGUGCCGACCAUCCUGGGCCCCGGGAUGCGGCGCGACGGCACCGGCAGGUUCUGGGACGCGCAGGGGAACCCGCUGCACGACCUCCUCGCCGUGUCCACCUUCAGCGAGUACACCGUCAUCGACAUGAGCCAGCUCGCCAAGGUCGACCCCGCCCUGCCGCCCAAGCUCGGCUGCCUCAUCAGCUGCGGCGGCGCCACCGGGGUAGGAGCAGCGUGGAAAGAGGCCAUGCUGAAACCUGGCUCGUCAGUUGCCAUCUUUGGAUUGGGAUCAGUCGGACUGGCGGUCGCACAAGGUGCGAAAAUGUGUGGAGCGUCCAAGAUAAUCGGCGUUGACUUGAACCCUGACAAGGAGAAAUUUGGGAAAGCGUUCGGCGUCACAGACUUUGUUAACCCAGCACAGCUGGACAAGAACAAGUCCGUCAGUGGGGUAAUCUGGGAGAUGACCGGCGGCCGCGGCGUCGACUGCAGCUUCGAGUGCAUCGGCGUGCCCUCGGUCAUGACCGAAGCGUUCAAAAGCACCAAGAAGGGGAACGGCAAGACGAUCGUCCUGGGCAUGGGAGAUGACAAGGAAGAGGUGCGGUUGCCGGCGCAGGACCUCCUGUACGGCAAGAGCAUCAUGGGGUCGUCCUUGGGCGGGCUCAAGCCCAAGAUCCACAUCCCGAUCCUCGCCGACAAGUGCAUGAACAAGGAGCUGGAGCUGGACGGGCUGGCCACGCAUGAGGUGGGCCUGCGAGAGAUCAACACCGCCUUCGACCUGCUCCUGCAGGGGAAGUGCCUCAGGUGCAUCGUAUGGAUGGACAAGUGACCUAGUGCCUGGGGGCCAUCGCCGUUGUUGAUUUGUGUAACUACGAAGAAGAACGGUCCGAGAGAAAAAAAAUUGUGGCAGAGUUUAAUUUCGCAACUAUUGCUGGUGUGCCAUUCUAAAGAUUAUUUUCUGUUCGACUAGGGGAAUUCUAAAGGACUUGUAUUGUGAGAGCUACAAUUCAUUUUUCUUUUGAAAAUAAUAAAAGAACUGUUUGUGUUUAUAA